AAAUCGAUAUAUCUCGCGACACUAAAAGAUCCAAGCGUGGCACCCGGACAAUUCAUCACGCUCAGCGCUGCUGGUCGGCAGCUCGAGCACGUAGGCAAACCAACAGCGAUCAAGGGGAUCCUGGUGGGGUUUGGUAAAGCCGCGGUGAAGGGAGUGAAGGGAGUAGACGGGACCGUUCGGAGGUGUACCGAGGCCGACACCUAAAGUGCGCGCCAAUCGUCAACUUCGCCGUCAGAGACAGUAGUCAAGCCGAACUGAGUGCCGGAAAGAUGAGCUAUUCGAGGAGCGUGACCCUGCUGUUGCUCCUGGCAGUCCUGGCACGUGCCCGAGGUGCCACCCUCUUACACGAUGCCCCGCCAUGCCCUGAUCCUUACGGAAUUCAUGCUUACGCUCACCCUGAAGACUGCGGGGCCUUCUUCUUGUGCACGAACGGCACGCUGACCUUCGAAUACUGCGAGAAUGGACUUCUGUUUGACGGACACGGUGCCAUCCAUAAUCAUUGCAAUUAUAAUUGGGCUGUCGAUUGCGGUCAUCGCAAGGCUGACUAUACACCGAUUAGUAGUCCAGGCUGCGAGUAUCAAUUCGGUAUAUAUCCGGAGAGCGAUAGUUGCAGCACCACUUACAUCAAAUGUGUCCACGGUGAUCCGCUUCAGGCUCACUGCGACCCUGGUCUAGUCUACAAUGCGAAGACCCAUACGUGCGUCUGGCCGGAUGAACUCAUCCCCUUCUGCAAUCCCGAAGCUAUAGUAGGAUUCAAGUGCCCGCACAAGCUGCCCCCCAACAGUCCCGCUGCCAAGUUCUGGCCCUAUCCGAGAUUCCCCGUACCGAGUGACUGCGGUAGGUUGAUCACCUGUGUUGAUGGACAUCCGCGACUUCUCACUUGCGGAGACGGAAAACUAUUCGACUCUGUGAGCCUGACUUGUCUGGACCCGGACGAAGUUCCUCACUGCUCAAAUGGUAUUUAAAAUGGAGGCACAACUCCUGACAAUCAUCCGCAAUUUUAAAUCAAUGAAUUUGGCAAAGAGAUAUAAUGAUAUUAAUUAGAAAUUUACAAAAAAUUAAAAAAAAUGUGUAUAGCUGUAAAAAAUCGAAUUAUCACAGGACAAUAUUAAUUUUAGAAAUUGUUUAAAUUUAAAGGAAAAUAUCAAUUAUAAAAAUUAAAAGAAUUACGAACAUAAAUUACAACAUGUUAAUAAUACAAAUGUUUUUAUACAGGAAAUAAUUAGAAGGAAUUAAUUAAUAAGAAAAAAAUUAUAAAACAUGUACAUUCCUAUUAAAUUUCAUUUUGAUUCGGCGUUGCCAAUAGACGAAGAUUCAAGAUAUCAGACGUAAAUUAUUAUUAAUAAUAGACGUUUAAAGGGGACCAAUUGUAUGUACAGUGCGUGAAGAGCAAGUACGAUAUGUAGUACAUAUAGUAUAUUUAUAUGUAAUACAUUUAAUGUAUUUAUGAUAAAUAUAAUAACAAUGUACAGCCAGGCAACAUUGAAUAAAAUCUGGACAUGCGUAUAAAAAA